GGUAUGUUUGGGGGCGCGGCUGGAGGGCUUCGCGACACUCCACCGCUGAUUUCCCCUCUUUGGGAGCGCGACAGGGCAACUUCGCGUCCACCGCUGGAGAAAUUUUUGCUAAAAGCCGACCGCGGAAUUGACCAUGUUGCGCACGUUCUGCGAUUCUAUUUUUACCCGGUUGUCCUUCGAUAGUUCUGGUUGUUACGCGAAGUCAAGCUCUGCUCCUUCCCCCUCCUCUCGCGUUCGUUCGUUCGUUGGUCAUCUUCUCCGGCAGUUCAGCUCGUUCAAUCUGCUUCCUUUAUCUACCCGUCGAAACGAAGCCCUGUCCACCGGUUUCCUUCCUCUUCCAUCCUCUCCCUCAAAGCUACGCAGCCCGUUGAAAGGUCGUUGUGUCAUCUGUGGAUCGAGCGUUUCAUGCCGGAAAAAGUGGACACAUUCGACCGUGGCGAUCAAAGAAGAUAGCAUUAGUCGCUACAGCAAAAACAGUGCGGCUCCCUAGCUCUUACAUUCGGCGCUUCUUUCACCGGCUCUUUUUGCUUCUUUGGUCUGACCUGUCCCAUUCUUCUUUUCUCAACCUCUUUUUUUUUUUUAAGUUAAGACUUUUCUUUUGCAGACAACGUAUAACCUUUUUGAAUGUGAAGCAUGU